CACACCCUAAAAUGUCUUGAACCUCAAGCACUUUCUACCUUCUUGUUCUCACUCUCAGGUCUGGGCUCUUCUUUUCUUCGGCAGCGCCCUUCGACCUUUCUCUCUCUCUCGAUCUCGACUCAGUCGCUGCUUCAUCUCGGUCGGCCGUCCGUCAAUCAGCGCACUAGCAAGCCGAUUGAUAAUUUUCGUUCAGCUCGAUUCUGACUCAAGUUUCGAUUGCUUCGUGCGAUGGCAACAUCCACUGACACUUCAAGAAUGGAGUUCGAGGUGUUCCUGAGUUUCAGGGGACCGGAUACUCGGGACAACUUUACUAGUUGCCUCUAUCAUGACAUGGUCGAGAAAGGAAUCCGUGUCUUUAAAGACAACGAAGAGCUCCAAGUCGGUCAGAAGAUUGGUGGGAACCUUUUGCGAGCCCUUGACAACACUCAAAUUUAUAUCCCCAUUUUCUCUAAGGGUUUUGCUUCUAGUGUGUGGUGCCUCCGUGAGGUUGCACAUAUGGUAGAUUGUACUUUAAAGUCGGACGGGAAGAAGGAGAUCCUCCCCCUUUUCUUCGACGUGAAACCGGAUGAUGUCAAGCUCAGAACCAAUUUGUACAGUAAUGCUCUGUCUGAGUAUGAGAAGAAGUAUGGCCCUGAUGAGGUGAGGCAGUGGAAAGCUGCUCUUCGUGAGGUUGCAACUAGAGCAGGUUGGGAGCGGGAAGGAAAGAGUAAGUUUCACAACUUAUUCCAGCUAUUAAUUUUAAUAUACGGGGAGCUUAUAAAAUUGAUUGUUCGAGAAGUUCUGCUUAAGUUGAAGGUGAAGAGCAGAGAUCUCCCCUACCAUCUAGUUGAAGUGGAUGAUAAAAAAGAUAUAGAAAAAUUGUUGGAUGUUGACUCUGAUAGCGUACGUUUUGUUAUUAUCCAUGGGACAGGUGGAAUUGGUAAAUCAACUCUUGCUAAGGUUAUCUUCAACCGAUUCUUGCCUAAAUUCAAUUACUCUAGUUUCCUUGAAGUUGUCCAACAUCAAGAUCUUUUACAAGUGCAAAAGAAACUCUUAUCUGACACACUGGGCUUGACCUCUGCUGACGGAAUUCUUGACACCCACGAUGGGAUCUGUCGCAUAAGAAAUGGACUCAGUGACAAGAAAGUUCUGGUUGUUGUUGAUAAUGUGGACGAGAAUAGGCAACUCAAGAGUCUCGCAGGUAGUUGCGAUUGGUUCGGUUCUGGAAGUAGGAUCAUGGUCACAGUUAGGGACAUACGCGCAGUACUAAAUGAGGACAAACAAAUGCGACCUGGCAAUUAUUUGGCCCACUCAGUAAAUGAGAUGCCUUUGUAUCGAGCAAUUCAGCUUUUCAGUAAACACGCAUUUAGAAGAGAUACUCCUCCUGAGAAUUGCUGCGAUUUCUCAAAAGAAGUUGUUUCAAGCAUAGGAAGGCUUCCUUUGACUUUGGAAGUUGUGGGUUCUCUUUUUGCCGGCAUGAACAGAUCAAAGUGGGACGAGACAUUGGAGGACUUAAAGGAAGGGCCGCCUAAUAAUGUCCGAGAAUCACUGAUGAUAAGCAUCAACAAAUUGAAUGCCAUAGAAAAAAUCAUAUUCCUAGACAUAGCAUGUUUUUGCAUCGGGAAGGAUAAGACUUAUGCGGACUACAUGUGGCGUAGUAGCAACCUUUCUCCACGCAUUGGGAUUGAUGUUCUUCUCCUCAUGUCAUUGAUAAAGAUCGAUGAGGACAAUUGUUUUUGGAUGCAUGAUGAAGUGCGAGAUCUAGGAAGGUACAUCGUCAAGGAGGAGAAUAUUGUAGAUGCUGGAAAGCGCCGUUGGAUGUGGAUUGAUGAAAAUACUCUAGACAUGCGAGGAGCGACAAGGAAAAAGAAGCUGUACAUGCUCUCAGUUUGGGUAUUAGUCAUGACUUAACAUCUAAACAAAUAGCAUAUUUUCCAGAACUGAGGUUCCUUGGAGGGAAAGGAUUCAAUUUCGUAGGUGACUUCAAAAAUGUUAAUCCUAAUUUGAGAUGGCUUUCUUGGCAUGAUUGCCCACGGGAUUUUUCAGCUAUGAAUCUUUACCUGGAGAAAUUGGUUGUGCUAGACCUUUCGCAGAGUAACAUCACCUACGACUGGGGUGGAUGGAGGCAAAUCAAGAUGGUUAAAAAUUUGAAAAUUCUAAAUUUGAUGAACUGCUAUCAUUUAACCAAAACACCCGAUUUUUCAAAGUUUGACAAGUUGGAGAAAUUGAUUCUAGAAGGGUGUGAGAAUUUGUCUACCAUUGAUAGCUCAAUCGGUAAGCUUAAACUACUAAGUUCUUUGAAUAUCGAAGGAUGUACAUCCCUUGAAGGGUUGCCCGAAGAAAUCGGCUCUCUAGAACGCUUGUCAGAAAUUAAGAUGCCAUGCAACGGCAAACUGUCCAAGCUUCCCGAGACACUAGGCAAUCUAAAGUAUUUGACGGAGUUUGAAAUUUAUGGUCAUUCUGAUAUCAACCAAAUUCCUCACUCUAUUGGAAGGUUGAAUCUCAAGCAUUUGGUUUUGUCUAAUUGCAAUAAUCUUCAUGAGCUUCCGGAAUCUAUUGGGAAGUUAGAAUCAUUGGUGAAGUUGGAUUUAAUAUUUUUGAGGAUCUCCAUUCUCCCUUAUUCCAUUGGAAAGUUAAAGAAUCUCAAUCAUUUACUUUUAUCUUAUUGCAAAAUAUGUUGCAGCUUCCGGAAUCUAUCGGGGAGCUAGAAUCAUUGGUGGAGUUAGAUUUACAAUCCUUGGGGAUUUCCGUUCUUCCUUAUUCCAUUGGAAAGUUAAAGAAUCUCAACCGUUUGUUUUUAGUUAAUUGCAAGAAUGUGCUGCAACUUCCGGAAUCUAUUGGAGAGCUAGAAUCAUUGGUGGAGUUGAGUUUAAAUUUCUUGGGGAUCUCGUUCUCCCGAUUCUAUUGGAGCAUUAAAGAAUCUUAACUGUUUGCUUUUACAUAGAUGUGAGAAUUUACUUGAACUUCCAAACUCUAUUGGAGAACUAGAAAAAUUGAUCAAGUUGGAUCUAAAAAUGUCAGGAAUCUCCAUCAUUCCUAGUUCCAUUGGAAGGUUAAAGAAUCUCUAUUAUUUAUUUUUAUCUAGAUGUGAAAAUUUACAUGAGCUUCCGGACUCUAUUGGGGACUUGCAAUCAUUGGUUGAGUUGAAUUUAAACUCUCUCGGGGAUAUACGCUCUCCCUAAUUCCAUUGGAAGAUUAGAGAAUCUCAUGGAUUUGAGUUUACGUGAAUGCAAAAAUUUACAUGAGCUUCCGAACUCUAUCGGGGAACUAAAAUCAUUGGACAGGUUGGACUUAAAACUCUCGGGGAUCGCCAUUCUCCCUAAUUCCAUUGGAAGGUUAACGAAUCUCACGCGUUUGUCUUUUUCUAGAUGUAAGAAUCUACUUGAGCUUCCGGACUCUAUUGGGCAGCUAGAAUCAUUGGUGGAGUUAGAUUUAAAAUGCUCGGGGAUUUCCGUUCUUCCUUAUUCCAUUGGAAAGUUAAAGAAUCUCAACCGUUUGUUUUUAUCUAAUUGCAAGAAUAUAUUGCAGCUUCCGGAAUCCAUUGGGGAGUUAGAAUCAUUGAUGGAGUUAGAUUUAAAUUUCUUGAGGAUCUCUGUUCUCCCUGAUUCCAUUGGUGCAUUAAAGAAUCUUAAUCGUUUGCUUUUAUCGAGAUGUAUGAAUCUACUAAAGCUUCCAGAAUCUAUCGGGAAGUUAGAUUCAUUGGUGGAGUUGGAUUUACAAUUCUCAAAGAUCUCCUUUCUCCCUAAUUCUAUUGGAAUGUUAAAGAAUCUCAAACAUUUGCUUUUAUUUCAAUGCAAUAAUAUACAUGAGCUUCCGGAUUCUAUCGGGGAAAUAGAAUCAUUGGCCAAGUUAAAUUUAAAAAUCUCGGGGAUCCCCGUUCUCCCUUAUUCCAUUGGAAAGUUAAAGAAUCUCAAGUAUUUGAUUUUAUCUAAUGCAAGAAUAUGCUGGAGCUUCCGGAAUCUAUCGGUGAGUUACAAUCAUUAGUGGAGUUGGAUUUAAAUUUCUUGGAGAUCUCUAUUCUCCCUGAUUCCAUUGGAGGGUUAAAAAAUCUUAACCGUUUGCUUUUAUCAAGAUGCAAGAAUCUACUGAAGCUUCCAGACUCUAUCGGGAAACUAAAAGCAUUGGUUAGGUUGGAUUUAA